GCUGUGGGGUCUGCUGCUUGCUGCGGGAGGCAGCAGCAGCAGCAGCAGCUGUCUCAGCAGCAGCUGCAGCAGCCGCAAAGUGAAAAAGGCCCAACUGCUUAUGGCGGCGUGGCUGAAGUGGCAUCUUGUAGGGGCAGCGUCAGUCGCUGCUGCGAGAGCCUUUGUUGCUGCUGCAGCAGGGGUCCCGCCACAGUUAGGCAGCGAGCUGGCAGCAGCAGCAGCAGCAGCACCAGCAAGGGCGUUGUGGAUAUUGAGCGCCCCCUGUGGGCCACGGGCUGCGAGCCGGUCUCCCUAUACCUUCACUCUGCGCUGCUGCAGCUGCCCGUAGAAGGCCUUGGCUUGCUGCAGCAGCAGCCCUUAUGCCGGGGCGUGCACCCAGGAGUUGCUGCUGCGCUGCUGCAGCUGCGUGCAGAACGCGUACAACAGCAGCAACAGCAGCAGCAGGGCACUCAAGCAGCAGCAGAUGCAGCUUCAAGAGAUGGGAUACAGAGAGUUGAGUCAGCUCAAGACAGGCAGCAGGCAACGCCGCGACGCCAGCUACCUGCUGCUGCUGCUGGCUGCACCACAGUGGCAGCAGCAGCAGCAGCAGCAGCAGGAGUAGCAGCAGCAGGAGCAGCAGGAGCAGCAGGAGCAGCAGCCGCGACCCCCGAUGUACGGACACCUAGCAGCUCUUGCCGCCUGGAGAGGCUUUCCUGCUCUUCUUGCCCGACACCGGCUUUGCUGCAGAGCAGCGCGCGAGCAGCAGCAGCUGCAGCAGCAGCAACAGGUCUUCCGCAUCGCCGCGCUGCCGCUGCUGCCGCGACUGCAGGACUUGCAGCUUACUGCCACACGCAGCAGCAGCAGCAGCAGCGGCAAAAAGUGUCGCUCAUGGAUUUUAAUCUUCAACUGCAGGACCCGCCCGCUGGCGACAGCAGCAGCAGCAGCAGCAGCAAUAAUGUGUCAGCGCUCUGUCCGCUGCUGUACUGCGACGUGCUACAGCGGUGGAACAACAGCAGCAAAAGGGACAAAGCUUCCCUGUGCAUCUGCAGCAGCUGCUUCUGA